UAGAUCCAGUUACUGGCCUUUUGGCAAGUGUUAGCACUGUUACUGGCUUUUUGGAAGUGUCUAGUCAGGAUUUGGAAUUUCGCAUUAUCGGUUUAGAAACUUAUGUUAGAGAUGGAGACCUAGAAUCAAUUAAAAGUAUUAUUAAAAGGUUUUAUGGUAGAGGUUAUAAUAAAGGUAUUUGCUCUGGAAUAACAUCAGUACAUAAAGAAAGCAAGCAAAAAAAUGUUGAAAUAAUUCCUGUAAUAACAAAUACAGAAAAAUCAACGAAUGAAGACGACAUUUUAUAA